AUGUCGCAUUCCAUCCAGGUGGUGGCGCGGCACGACGUGGCCAUCACGAGUCCGGUGUUUGGGCCGAACAACGACCUUUUCACCAUUUCGCGAAACGGGGACAUCUACCGCUACCUCGGCAACACCGAGACGGACAGCGAGUUCCAGGUCGAGUCUUGGGGCAACAGCAGCGGACAGCCCCUCGGGGUCCUCUUCGAUCCGCAGGGGGUAGCGUUCGUCUGCGACUGCGCGCACCAGGCCAUCUUCCGUAUCCUGCGAACGGAGGAGGAGGGGAGCGCGCCCCGACAGGAGAUCGAGCCCUACGUAAAGGAGUACGAGGCCCAGCAACUCCUGGGUCCCAACUCCGUCUGCCUCGGCCAGCAAAGCGGGCUUUUGUACUUCACGGACUCCGGCCCCCUGGGAGAGACCAGCGUCCAGAACCCAAAAGGUUCGGUGUUCGCGAUAAACCCGGCAACGCAGCUCCUCAUCCCACUCGCCUACAACUGCCUCGCGUACCCGAGCGGAAUUGCCUUGACAGCAGACGAGAAGGUGCUCUACGUGGCCGAAACCAGUAUGAACCGGGUGCUGCGCUUCACGCAGUCGCCCCCCGGGGUCUACCACUGCACCGUCUUUCACCAACUUAGUGGCCGCUUCGGACCAACAGGUACCUCCCAGUACAAGUUUUUUGUACGACUGCAUGCAAUUUUCAAAUUAGAAGAAGCUGUCUUUUCUUUGGUCGUUUGGUUUAAGGAUGUGAUGUAGUUGUGCUGCAGCCCGAAGCACGACUAUUGUUAUUGAUACAAAAUGAACUACAAGACGGCUCGACGCUCCAUAAAAACUCCUUCAGCCUUGGCCGUGUCAUCCACGGGGGAUCUUUUCGUGUCGCAUUUUGACUUCGUCGACAACACGGAGAACGGCAGAAUCGUGGUGAUUGACCCAGAGGGCGAAGUUAUUCGCGAGAAAAAAACACUGCUUUCAUCUUGUCAUUUCGUAUGCUGCACAUAGUGUUGUAUUCAUUUUCAUGACAAGCAAAGACUAUGCAGUAGCUGUUUUCCCGCCCAAGUUUGUCUUGUCUUUUUGUCGUGUCCUUGUUUUCAAGAUGAAACGCUAGCUCGACCACCGAUACAACUACAGUGAAGCAGUGUAUUUCAACCUCCUGCCAUACUCGUAACCGCCAUCAUGAGCGUCCCGGGGCCAGAAAUCACCGGCCUCUGCCUCACACCAGACGAACGCUUUCUGCUGAUCACCGAGGGCAGUGGCAACUCCCUCUAUCGCCAUCCGUUGCGGUAGGAGUAGACGAGAGCUGCGGUGAAUGGACAAGAACAUCCAAAGCGGCGGGCACCUAGGGAUACGAAGUCAUGGCUCAACCCGACGAGGAGUUCCAGGUAGUUUGUUAUCGUCAUUUGUUACUUGCUCAUGGUCAUGGUCUAGUAUUUGCCCUUCGUGAUCCAGCAAUGGACGUGAUUUUUGCUGUUCGAAAUGAAUGAAUCUGCAGCGAGGUCGUGUCCAUUUGAUUUGAAAAAACAUCUUUGUAGGCCCGAGCACAGAACCAGCAGCAAGACGCUCUGGCCAAGAACCCCUACCCGCACACCUAAUAAAGCGAAAGUAUCACCUGUACAUGUACGGACAGCGAGACUAAGAACCAAUUGCUCGGUGCAGCAAGUACAAAUCGAGGAGCCUGCAUCGCCGUUGAGGAUGUUCAGUCGAGCUCAUUUAUUUGCCCAGAUAGUUUUGAUACGCGAGUUGUCUUCAGCGGAACUGGCCAGCUCCAGUAAAUCACACACACAAUCACAAAUAUUUUACUCUAACCUUAACGCUUUCGCUUCGAUAUAACUAACCGAGUCUCGUCCGUCACCACAUCCUGACUUAUUUAUGCAGGAAGUGCAAACUCGAACAGAAAACUCUGCAGACAGAGUGCGAUUUAGAUUUUGAACAAGAAUUCGUCAUUGCCAUUGGAGCAAGACACGAAAUGAAAUGGGCUAAUGCAACAGAUUUGUAUGAAACUUCGGCUUCGCUCAGUGCGAGAAGUAUUGCAGCAAU